AUGUCGGUGUGGGACGCCUUUAGCGGCAAGAAGUCUUCCAAGCAGCAGACACCCGAGCCCUCUCAGGCUUCCUCCUCUCCAUCGAUAGGUGGCUACGCAACUGCACCUUACGACCCUACCACCGCGACAGAUGCAUCCUCCUUCCUUGGAAGCAUCACUUUACCGGACGCAUCAAAGCUACAUCCACUCGCCGGGCUGAAUCAACAGACCUUAGACUACCUUUCACUGGACGAAUCUCAACUCUCAGAUCUUCCCGGUUCCAGGUCGUUACUACCCUCGCGCGGAUGGUCGGACGAUCUAUGUUAUGGCACUGGUGUCACUUAUCUAACGGCUCUCACAAUUGGUGGCACGUGGGGCUUGAUUGAAGGACUGAACCGCGCGCCAGCCUCUGCGCCUCCCAAGCUGCGCCUGAACAGUGUCUUGAACAGUAUCACCAGACGUGGGCCUUUCCUCGGGAAUUCCGCUGGGGUGGUUGCAAUGGUCUACAACGGAUUCAACUCGACAAUAGGAUACUAUCGGGGCAAACAUGACGCUGCUAACAGCAUUGUAGCGGGCGGACUGAGCGGUAUGCUUUUCAAGAGUACGAGAGGAGUGAAACCAAUGAUGAUUUCGGGCGGUAUUGUGGCAUCGAUAGCCGGUGCUUGGGCGUUGACCCGCAAAGUUCUGUUCGAACUACCCGAUGAGCAGCCCAUGACUCUCGAGGCUACAGCCCUUUGA